AUGCAUUAUUACGCCAACUUCGUCUUAUCCGCCAUCAUUGGCGGCUUGUCCGUCAUUGCUCUCGGCUACGUCUUCUCUUUCGCCGUCUGGCUCGGGAAAAAGUCACUCGAUGCCAUCCCCACCCGCUACCAUCCCGCUGAGAAACCAGAAGAUGAGCAUAUUCAGAUCCUCGUUGUAGGUGAUAUCGGAAGAAGCCCUCGGAUGCAGUACCAUGCUCUGAGCGUUGCCAAGCACGGACGGCAAGUCGACAUUGUGGGCUAUAAAGAGACGGCCAGACAUCCGGAUCUCAUUGGCAAGACAAACGUCACGGUCUAUCCUCUCGCUCCUCAGCCAGAAUGGAUCGCCUGGGGCACGCUGCCCUUCUUUCUCAACAUCCCCGCCAAGGUCAUCCAGCAGUUCUGGACCCUCUUCAGGACGCUCAUGUACACCACUCCGCCAGCUCAGUGGAUCAUUAUCCAGAAUCCGCCUUCCAUCCCCACGUUUCACGUAGCCCUCUUCGUCUCAUGGGUUCGCGGCAGCAAAGUCAUCGUCGACUGGCACAACUAUGGCCAUACCAUUCUGGCGCAAAAGUCUCUUCUCCGGCCUCUUGUGCCCAUCUACAAGUAUUACGAGAUUCAGCUAGGCCGGUACUUGGGAAACGCAAACCUCGCAGUCACAGAUGCCAUGGCGAAGCAGCUCCAAACCAGAGGGCGCUUUAAUCUCAAGAACCCUGUCUAUACGCUUCAUGAUAGGCCAGCUGAGAUAUUUCAGCCUAUGAGCACUGCAAAGGAUAGACUUGAGUUCCUCUCUCGCUUGGCGGAAACACGAAACCAUGCCAAGGAUAUUGUCGAUGGUGCCCUUCGUCUAGUAGUAAGCAGCACUUCUUGGACAGCAGACGAAGACUUUGGAAUGCUGCUUGAUGCUUUGGUCGCCUACGCCACGCCAACAUCAGGCGAGGAAGCCGUUCCUCCAAUCCUGGCCAUCAUCACCGGCAAAGGCCCUCAGAGGGAGGCCUACCUCGAGAAAAUCAAGGAACUCCAGGAUGCCGGUAAACUGCCCGGCAUUCGCAUUCUCAGUGCCUGGCUUUCCAAUCGAGACUACGCUUUAUUGCUCGCCGCAGCCGAUCUAGGCAUUUCCCUCCACAAAUCUAGCUCUGGCGUGGAUCUACCCAUGAAGGUCGUUGACAUGUUUGGGGCGGGUCUGCCCGUGGCUGCAUAUGCUGGCUUCGAAAGCAUCGGAGAGCUCGUGAAAGAAGGGCAAAACGGCUGUGGCUUUGAAACAGUACCUCAGCUAACUGAGAUCCUAAAGAGGCUAUUGAGCUUUGAGGGAGCAGGAGAGUUGGCUAGACUGAAGAGAGGCGCCGUUGAAGAAGGUUCACGGCGUUGGGAUGAGGAAUGGGAUUCUGUCGUUGGCCCUGUGAUAGGAGUAGCAGCCAAACAGUGA